CCAUCUUGACCCACGGUAGAAGAAACAAGCAUCACAUGAGUGCUGAAUUCACCUGUCGUGUUGAAGUCAAACGCAUACGCAAUAGCCAAGAGUGGUUCAAGCUGACAUGUGGCGGUGGGAAUUGCAUGAAAGGUGUGGGGCGUGAAGACAACGAUAUGUGGUGUGAUGGGUGCGAAAACCCCGUUGUCUUCCCGAGAGGAAGUUUCAGGCUAGAACUCGAGGUGUUUGACUCAACAGCCGAAGCUGUCGUUGUCUGCUUUGAUGACACCGCCCAACGCUUGACAAAGACCACUGCUCAUAGUAUACUCACAGAAGAGUGUGGCCUGUCACGCGUCUACAGCCUUUAUUCCACUGACAUACAGGAUAAGUUCACUCCGGUGAUGGUAAGGAACGCUGAUGGAAGCAUUUCAACACUGCCGAAUUAUUUCACUGCAGUCAGUUGGCUGGUGAUGGGAUUGGGGAUGACGGUGGCAAGCGUUAGCUAA